AUGCGUAUUCUAUUUUUCUUCGCCGUUCUGCUAGCAGUACUAGUCGCUGCCUGUGCAUUUCCCGCGGCUGAUGAGCCCCUACUGAUUCGAACGAAACGUCAACGUCGAUUCGGCUAUGGUUAUGGUGGUUGGGGCGGAAUGGGCGGGUGGGGUGGUGGUUAUCCUGGUUUCGGCGGCGGUUUUGGUGGAUGGGGCGGUGGCUACCCUGGAUUCGGUGGCAUGUAUCCAGGAAUGAUGGGAUAA